UUUGGGGGGGGUCGUAAUUUAUUCUAUUUUUUUUUGCCACAAUAAUAACAGUAUUGCACAUUAAUACAGGCACAUUCCUGUGAAUACAAUACAUAAAAUAAUAGAACACCAGGCUGCAAUUGAGAUCUCCUCAUAAUGUAAAUCCUGUCAGACCAAUGGUUGCGCGCCACGUUAUCGGCCGUGUCAUCGACUGACAGACUGCUGAAACAGAUGAUGCGGUUUGCUCAUACUUAAAAUACAAAUCAAGGCGUUGUAAAAUCUGGGAUGUGUCAUCAAUGUCCUUGUUUUUCCACCUGGCACAUGAAGCUGAAAAUUAACUCUUUGUUUCCCUUUUGCAUUACAAUCUUUGAAGGAAAAUGCUACAACAACAUUGCUAUAAUUACUAUUAGUGGGGAAGUCUUGACUGUAAUAUCGCUUAAAAACGGUAGAUACAUAGCCUAUGCAAUUAGGCUAAUUGUUGAUUCACCUGCCAGGUGUGUGGUCCUCACCCAGUCAAAAUGGCAGCUGAUAAGACAAUGGCAGCUGAUACAACAAACAAAAAAAUAAUUUUGGAAUUAUAAGCAUGCACAAGAACCUUGUUUAUGGAAUCACAAUUAUGAACGAUGAAAGAGUUAUCUGAUUUUUUUUUUAGUGUACUCUUGCUUUGCAUACUUCCCAUCUAUGCUACUGACACCAUACCCAUUGGAAUGUUCAAAACUGAGUGUCAGGAUCGCCACUUCUGGCUGUCAGUCAAGUCGAGCCUCCUUGGUCAGAAGUUUAGGUUUGAUGUUGAAGGUGAGUCUGACAGUAGUGGUGCCCACACCCUCUCAGGCCAGGGGGCUGCAGAAUGUGGCUACACCAUGGUGCUGGACUCCUGGGGGGACCUGGUCCUCCGUGCUUCCUACCUGGCUUGUUAUGUACACAAUGAGAAAGACACUGCUUUCCGAAUGCUGGUGUGGUUUGUGAACAGAGAUGUUGACGGUGAGGAUAUGUCCUACCCUCUCCAGCUGACCUGCCCUUUACACCAGCCAUGGAAUCCCCGGGAGAUAGUCUGUGAAGAGAACUAUAUGGAGAUGUCUGCCAUAAAACCGGUCCCUCCUGCCAACCACAAGGGUCUGGAAUGGAUGACACCACCACCUGUGUGGUCGGAGGAGGGUCUGAGGGAGUGGCGUGUGGUGUUCCGGGUGCCAGGUGACCAGCAGGGGAGUGAUGGGAGACCCUCUAUGAUAGAGAAGACCCUGCCUGUAGAGAUGGCCCAUCUCCUGGGCUACCACAUCAACACCACAGAGACGCGUGUUCUGCUGCGCUGUGCCUAUGGCUCCCGCCUCUCCUACAUCCUACAGGAGAAAGGUAUCGAGGUGGAGGUGGUCAGUGCCACCAUUCUUUACAAACACCACUGGACACUUCUAAGAGUGGACGCCUCGGUUGCUUGCACCACAAACAAGGCCUCCAUGAAUGGGAAGCACAUUCUGUGGAGGUUCCCCAAGUUGCUGUCCACCCUGGUGCAGCCCCCCUUCAGAGACAAGGGCCUGACGGUGGGAGUGAAGGGACGCUACCUGAGUGACUGUGUGGCCCGUCAGCGAGGAUAUGACAUACAGGAACAGGAUGGAGCUGUGGAGAUCAGGAUUCCAUUUGGUGCAGAAGGCGGCUACAUCAAGAGCCAGGUGGUGGAUGGCCAGUACUCCCAGUCCUAUUUCAUUGACCUGUUCUACAUGCACCAGUGGGAGGAUUCUCAGUCGGCUCACACUGAAUACCGCUCCUUUAGACCCCUUUCUAUCAUCAAUCUGCCUCAGACACCAAUUCUUAUCAACGAAACCAAUCCCUCUGAGGGACAGUUCUCUGUGUCUCUGGGCUUGUUCCCCCAUGAUGUGUCUCUGUCCAACAUCACUGUGGGGGACCAGUCCAUGGCAGAGCAGCUAGGGGUUUACCUCUCACAGGUCCCCUUCCCCAAUGGCACCCAUGCCUACCUACUUAAGACACCCUUUUCACACCAUCUGGUCUCCCAGAAGUAUCUUGGGCAGGGGUACAGGAGGUACAGUCUGGCAGUGACCUUCACUCUUUCCAUCUCCCCCCACUCUGACCUGUACCAUUACCCUGCCACCGUGGAGGCUGUCCUACAGGAUGUUGUCCUGCCCAGAGUGGAGGGGGGGUGCUCUAAUGAAGGGGUGCGUCUGCAGCUGCACUACGGAAACAUGGACACCCAGUGGGAGGUGUACGUGGAGGGUCGCAGGCUAGACUGGGCGCUGGUGGAGAUGGGCGACUACGCCCUGGAGACCAGACGGGACUACUUCAGUAUGGUGAUCCCUCUUUACGGCCUUGGCAUGGCCUACGAGGGUCUGAGUUUACAGGGGCUGGUGGUAACUGUGAGAAUGACACUGGAGGACAGAGAGACGGCCAUACAGGAGCACACCUUCACCCAGCGCUGUAUCUUCCUUGUGAAGGAACUACUGGUGUGCCUCCCAGACAGCAGGAUGGUGGUGGUGGUGGAUACAUCCAGGGUUUCUUCAGCCGUCAACCCCAGGCUAACAUCCCUGCUGGAUGCCUCCUGUGUUCCCAUAGAGACUGAUGGAGCUAGGGCUCUGUACAGCUUCUCUCUAGACUCCUGUGGCACCUCCACAACUCUGGUGGAGGAUCACCUGGUGUACACCAAUGAAGUCCGGUAUCGGCCCAAAGUCCCCAUAGAUCUGAAGACCUUCAGCUCCCCAUAUCCCCACUUCAGUAUCCCAAUUGGUUGCAUCCACCCAGCGAAUGGGACCCGUGCCCUGACAAUCUACCAGCCCCGGGCCCUCCCUGCCUGGCCCCACAGCCGAGCCUCUCACUCCCACCAUCAUCACCCAGGGGCCCAGCAACAGCCCUUCAUCAGAGGAAGAAAACGUAAUGGGCUACCAGCUGGAGGUUGACAUCAGUAGCAGGCCCCCUGUCCUCUGAGGUGUACCUGUACCAAUGAUAAACUUGGUCACCGUGAUGCCAGGGGGUCCUGGCAUUAUCGAUGUAUACUGGGCUGGCCCCGAUUUGGUCAGUCACAACCCAGCCUUAUACAACAUCAUGACACGUAAUAUAUGUCUAAUAAAAUAAUUUGGCAUAUAAAAA